UAAAAUAAACUGUUACUCCCUUCGUCCGGAAAUAGAUGUCCCUGGUGAAAUUUUACGAAAACCCCCUCCCCUUUCCUCCGACAAACACCGCAACCCACCGCUUGGUCGCCUGCCACGCGCGAGCCGCUUCUCCGUCGCCUCGCCACGCACACCGACGAGGGCACCGGCCGCUUGCUCCAUCGCUCUGUCUCGCCGCCGUCUCCAUCGCCUUGCCGACCGCCGGCCUCCUUCUCCCGCUCGUCUCGCCUCUUCUCUUCUUCCACACGAGGAGCUCAAGAUGGAAGGAGUCCCCUUUUCUUCAAGCUCGCAAUUUGCCGGCUCCGGCGGCGGCGCUGCCCUGUGCAUCCUCCGGCUCCGGCGAGGCUCCGAUCCACUACGCGGCUCUGCGGCUCGCUCGUGCAUCAGGACGCCGAUGCUACGGAGGACGCCGCUCCACCCCUGAUACGGUCUGUGCCCCCGAAGCCAUUGAGGAUGCCCCUCCACCCCUGCUCGAGCCUGAAGUUCAGAAGGUUGGUUUCUAUCUGAAGCUAUGGGAACAUUCCAAGGUGCAGUUCCCCCCUCUUCUUGCCAAGGCUUUGUCAGAUUUGUGCAUCUUGGACUUCGACAUCCCAUCUACGAUGCUAAUGGUUACAUGGCAAGUUGUUCUAAUUGAUGUUCCUGCUGUGAUUGGGGUGAUGUACAUUCAGGCGCGCAUCAGCAGCGGCGAGGGGUGGGGUGGCAAAAGGCAGCGGCGGCGAGGGACGGUGCUCGAUCAGGCGCCAGGUCGUCUUGCCGCUGGGCCCGCGUGGCCCUGUCUACGUAAGCUGCCAACGGAAGCUGCCAGAGAGAGGAUCGGCGGCACGGGACUUGCCCAAAUCCCGCACCGGCGUCCAGGGCGUGAGAAAGUAUCCUGGGACGCGAGCAGCAGCACGCACUCCUGGUCCAGGAGAUCGUCACCCAAGAGCGCGCAGAGCUCAAGGAGGACGACCUCAACCAGAUCACGGCGGGAGGCUCCGACGACGAGCGGAUGGGAUCUUUGCAGGAGGGGAAUGCGCAGAGGGGGUGACAGCUGGGGAACGAGCGGUGGUGGUCAUGGCGGGAGAGGAAGGCGCUGGCGCGGUUCCUCAACGGCGGCGGAGCAGUUCCUGGACGGCGCACGUCCUGAGCGACAUAGGUGCAUAAUCCCGCAUGUGCAUGUCCUGGGCAACCGUGGCGAUGCGCGGAAUCGCAGGUGCAGGUGGGUGGCGGCGACGGAAUUAGAGGCGCAGGUCACGAGCAGCGGCGGCAUCAGAGGCGCAGGUGCGCUCAUGCUGGUAGGCGGCGGCGAAAUCUGCUGCCUCGCGUCUGUCCGGCGACGCGCGUAUCAGCGAGGAAGAAGAUGAGGCAUAGAUCGAUUUGAGACAGUUUUUGAAUUCUGAGGGCUUUUUUACAAAAACGUCAGUACACUGCAUGUCGGACAAUCUUUUCCGGACGGAGGGAGUAUUUCUUUUCUCA